AGGGGGAGCGAGGCGCUGGCUGCAGAGGGAACAGCAGAUUGCGCCGAGCCAAUGGCGACGGCGGGACGAGGUGGCACCAAAUUCCCUUCGGCCAAUGACGCGCCAGAGUCUGCAACUCCAUUAGCAUUUCCCCAGGGGCAGGGGCAGGGGCAGGGGCUGCGGCGCAGAGUCUGCAGCAUCCAGCUCCUGCGCCUCGGCCCUCGCGCGCCCGCCGCUGCUCCUCCCCCGCCCGCCCGCCCAUGUGGGGCUCCCACGGCCGGCCAACUCCGCGCACUUUGCUCCGCGUUGGCAGCGAAUAAAAGAGGUCAGAGGAAAUACGCGACACGGUUACCCACUGCCAGGUCUCGCCUUUAAAUCCCCAGCCCGGGGAGCUCCGGGCACAGCAGGUCGGAUUCGGUCACGGGUCCAGACCGCCCAGCGCAGAGGAAGGUGCCGAGCGCCGCUUCGCGGAACCCCGCUCCAGAGCAGCAUCCAGCUGGGAGCUGAGUCCUGGCUCCAUCCCGACCGUAUCCGGCUUCGCUCCGCAGUCUCGCAUCAUCAGCCAGAUGCCGGCCCACCUGCUGCAGGAGGAGAUCUCCAGCUCCUACACGACCACCACCACCAUCACAGCGCCCCCCUCCAGGACCCUGAAGAAUGGAGGGGCCAAGUUGGAGAAGAUCCCCCUAUACUUGGAAGAAGACAUCCGCCCUGAGUUGAAAGAUGACAUCUAUGACCCCACCUACACGGAUUUCGAGGGCCCACAACCCAAAGUUCAGUUCGUUUGGAGAAACAUCAUUCUGAUGUCGCUGUUACACUUGGGAGCCGUGUAUGGGAUCUUCUUGAUCCCCUCCUGCCAAUUCUACACCUUACUCUGGGUGCUCUUCUACUAUGUAGUCAGUGCCCUGGGUAUAACAGCAGGCGCCCAUCGUCUGUGGAGUCACCGAAGUUACAAAGCACGGCUACCCCUGCGGUUCUUUCUGAUCCUUGCCAACACCAUGGCAUUCCAGAAUGAUGUUUUUGAAUGGGCCCGAGAUCACCGUGUCCACCACAAGUUUUCUGAAACACACGCUGAUCCCCAUAAUUCCCGACGAGGCUUCUUCUUCUCUCAUGUGGGUUGGCUGCUCGUGCGCAAACACCCUGCUGUCAAAGAGAAGGGUGGUUUGCUCGACUUAUCUGACCUAAAAGCAGACAAGCUGGUGAUGUUCCAGAGAAGGUACUACAAAACUGGUAUCUUGCUGAUGUGCUUCAUCCUGCCCACGCUUGUGCCCUACUAUUUCUGGGGUGAAACUUUUAUGAAUAGUUUGUAUGUUGCCACUUUGUUCCGCUACGCCAUAGUCCUCAACGCCACUUGGCUGGUGAACAGUGCAGCCCAUCUCUAUGGAUAUCGCCCCUACGAUAAGAACAUUAACCCCCGAGAGAACAUCCUGGUUUCGCUGGGAGCCGUGGGUGAGGGCUUCCACAACUACCACCACACCUUCCCCUAUGACUACUCCGCCAGUGAGUACCGCUGGCACAUCAACUUCACUACAUUCUUCAUCGACUGCAUGGCCGCUCUGGGUCUGGCAUAUGACCGGAAGAAAGUGUCCAAGGCUACCGUCCUGGCUAGGAUUAAAAGAACUGGAGAUGCAAACUUCAAGAGUGGCUGAGUUUGGGUCCCUUGGGUUCCUUUUCCAAAAGCCAGCUGGGCAGAGUUUUAAUGUUCUGUUUAUUAACUACUGAAUAAUGCUAGCAGGAUGCUAAAGUCGAUGAUGUUAACUCAUUCCAGUACAGUAUUCUUUUAAAAUGCAAAAAGUAUUGAAAGCCAACAACUCUGCCUUCAUGAUGCUAAGCUGAUACUCUUAUUUCUUCUCUGUCUUUUAGUCCUGUUAUCCUCUGCUUUGUUCUCAUCACUUCCUUUUAUUUCCCCCCCACAUCACCUCCUUCAUCGCCUUCCAGGCAAGUGGCUACUCAGUAAUUGUUGGGUGUCAAGCUUCCAAAGCCUAGAUAACUUUUCUGUAGUCCCAAACUAGCAGCCUUUACCUCCUGGUAACUCUUCCCUUGAACUAUCCCUGAGGAGCUUUAAACUUGGUAGCUCAAGGUAGAGAUAUGACAAAAACUUCUGGGAAGGCCCCUGUUAAUGAUCCUCAGCCCAGGUUUCCGCUAAAUGGAAUAGAGGUGGGGGUAAUUUUAUUUGGCAUAAAGCUUCUAAAACAGGUGAAUUGUCUGGGGAGAGAGUUAGUAUGCAUGAUGUGGUUGAUAAAUAAGGCUAGGAGGGGGUGAGAAAGUGGCAAGGAGUUCCUGCUGAUCAGUCAUGGCAUGCUUCCUUUCUCUCCUGACUUGAGUGGGGAAUGGCCUUGGAGCUCAACAGUACUAGAACACAGCAGCAAGCAUCAGUGUCCCAAGAUCGUUUAAACAGGGGUGGUAAAGAGGCAUUUAUCUAGCUUGUAAUAAAAUUAAUCUCUACUGAGUAAGGCUUUUUUUUUUUUUCUUCUCCCUUUAGUAACAGGAAGGUUGGCUGUUUCCAGAACUGAUAAAUUCAGCAGUUCAUGGAAUCACUGUGAUUCAUCUUUCAGCCCUACCAUCUUCAGGAUGUCGGUGGACUCCCCUUCUAGUUAGGCUGCAGCACUCCCAGCCAUCCCAGGAAGGAAUAUAUUGGGAGUGGAGUGGUGAGCAUAGCUGCCUUCAGAAAAAUGACUGACUUUUUAAGAGGUGGAGUUGAGAAGUUUGUGUGCAUUGAUUCUCUACUUGGAAUAUUGAAAUCAUUUGCUGUAAACUAAAGGAGAGAAAGUGCUUUCCCUUUCCCAGCUGGAUGGGAGCUGGAAAGGUUAGAAGGCAGAAUUCUUUCUUAUAAAAUGGAUUCUAGGAGAUAAUUUUACAAGAAGCGAUUCUGGGAACACUGUAAGGGGAUCUGGAAGAUUACUGAAUGAUUUAUUAGUGUUCCUGAUAGGGAAACUGGUUUUGCAAAGAACUUAGGUGUUUGGCUCGUUUAUUAAUUCCAAUUUCCCUUUAGAAGUACAAGCUGGAAGGCUUCUCCCCAGUGUGGAACACUUUGACUCACUCCUUUGUUAAUAUGAGCCUAAAGCACAGGACUUAGAGGGAGGCACGGUAGGUAGGAGACUCUUUAGGUACUGUGAUCAUUGGUUCCUGGGCUACAUCCUGUCCCUGUUCUAUCAAGUCUGUCUCUUCCCUGAAGUUUUCUUUCUGGACGGGAAGCCCCCUUUGUGUGUUUUCAGAGGCAGCGAUGGUUACUGCUGUUUGCAGACAGAAAGCUCAGGGUCACUGAACCACUGUUUCUCUAUAAAGUUGAGCUAGCUGCCACUUUCACUUGGCGUCCAGAAUCUCUCCACCCACAGCCUUGGGCUCCCCUGCCACACUGAUGACUCAAGACUAGGUUGGCAACCCUACAUCACUGGCUCAGAGAACUAUUGUCACCAGGCACAGCCAUGCCAAUCUUUGCACUGUGCCAGCUUGUCAGCCAUGGAGCAAAAGAGUUAUUAGUCUCCUCUGUUGGAGGCAGAACCAGAGAGCCUAUGGAACACUCCCCCUUGCCCAGUAAGACUGCCCAGUCUGAGUCAGUGCUGUUAGCUCACAGUGUAAUGCUUGUAGCAGUAGGAGAGAGCCAGGGUAUACUGCAAAGCUUUGGCUGGGACUGGGGAUCUGAGAUGUCAUGAACUUUGCUGAAUGGCAUCUCUUCAGCAAAAACGAACCAGCGUUUCCCAUAACACAGCCUUGGGCAAACAAUAGUACAAGAGAGGUCUGAGAAAAACAUCAGUGUUUGGACAACAAUGAACCACUUCUGUCCCUUUUCCUCAGCUGUCAGUGCAGAUGACUGGCUUCACUCCCUUCAGAUUUGACAUGUACAAUUCCAGAUAUCCUGCCCACUGCUGAACCCAGUAGUAGGAAUGAGAAGGAUCUCUCUCUGCUAAUUGGAUAGAGACUAAAGGGGUUAGCCUGAACUGAAGGCAGCCUUCUCUUUUGAGCUGUUUUCUCACAAUAGUAAAGAAUCUAAUGGAAGAACACUGUAGUUGAAAUUUGCUGACCUGUAUACCUACUUGGAAAUGCCUACUGGAUAGUUUUAAUUGCACAUGUCAUCAGAUGCCUGCUUUAUAAUUUAUGAUCAGAAACAACUUGUAUCUUUCUGUCCUAAUCAGGUUGCAUGGAUCUGAUCCAUACCAUGACCACCCUAGGGCUGAGCAGGGUCCUCAGGUUGAGGGACCCAGCAUAUGUGUAUAUAUUGUCCCUGGGGGCUGUCUGCUGAGUAAGGAACAUCCUUCUUCUUAAGAUUCUAAAGCUAAACUCAAAUGAUGCAUUAAUGAUCCAGAAACUCAGAUCUGACCAAGUCUGAAUUUCUAACAGUCCUUGCUUUGUGGGUAUGCUGACAACUUAUUUGGGUGCCUUACACCUUUUCUAAUCAGUGUUGCAUAUGAGCCUUCCCUCACUCCUUUCUCACUCCCUCUGGGGAGUUUCUUUGCACCUGAGAGCCUAAAGAAGUGGCUCUGGUAGAAAAAGGUGUCUGGCUGGAGAAUACCAGUACAGCUUUUGCAGGAUUCCCUACUGCGCUUCAUUUUGAAAAAUGUUUCUCGGGGCAGUUUUUAAGUGCCCACAUUUGAUGGAGGGUGAAAAUAAGUUGAAUGUAUUUUUUUUUUUCCUGUUGAAAAGAUGGUUGUAGCAUUUAAAAUGGAAACCUUUUCUUCUUGGUUUGCUAGUACCCUGAGUGUAUUCUGUAAGUGUAGCUCAAAUGGGUCAGCCUGAAAGGUUAGAGAAAGCAAGGUGUCAAUGUUACGUGGGUGGUUAAAGGCCAGGGCCUCUCCUACCACUGUGCCACUGACUUGCUAUGUGACCCUGGGCAAGUCACUUAACUAUAAUGUGCCUCAGUUUUCCUUCUGUUAAAAUGGGGAUAAUAAUACUGACCUACCUCAAGGGCAGUUUUGAGGCGUGACUAAUGCUUUCUAUAAAGCAUUUUGGGAUCCUUCAGCAGAGGAAUUCUCAUAAGUCCUGAGUAUUUUUAUAGUAACAGUAUCCACCAUGAACUGUGUGUUUCAGAUGUGAUUAGUAGUCUUUGUGGUUCUCAGAAAAAUUGGAAUGAAUUCGCUGGGUUAGUGGUGGAUAACUAGCCAGGUAAAAUUUGAGAAUGCAUAAACUCAUUGCCAUGGAAACAUACACAGGAUACUUUUUUCCUUGAUUGGGUGGGAUUUUUUUCCCCUUUUUAUGUGGGAUAGUAGUUAUAUUUGUGACUUAAGAAUAAUUUUGGAAUAAUUUCUAUUAAUAAUGUCAACUCUGAAGCUAGUUGUACUGAUCUGAGAUCGUGUUUGUUCAUAAUAAAAGUGAAGUGAAUCU